UGAAAACUGCAUUUCGGAUUGAUAUAGCUAAAGUAAAUUGAAAACUAUAAAGUACUUAAUAAGAAAUAAAUAUUUAUAGCUUCGGAAAAAAAAAAUAGUUCGAAACCGAAACCAGUCCCCUAGAAACCAAUUCGACAUAUUUGAUAAUCGUAGAAAAGAUGGAGAAUGCGCUUUUCGCGAAUGUUAAGAAGCUCUACGAUCACAAGCUUUACGAGUGCGUGAUUCCAGUGGCCAAAUUGCUGAGGACGGUGCUGAGGAACGAUCGCAAUGUGGCCACCUUGGAGCUGGAGUACCAGGUGCAGCUGUAUCUGGUCAACUCGCUGUUCAAGGAGCGGCAUCUGCGCUCCGCAUCGCGGCACUUCGAGGACAUCUUUCACCAGCGGCGCCUCAUGCAGCGCCACAAGAACGCCUGCCUGGUGGCCAUCGAGAGUGCCUAUCCGGAGUUCGGGGACGUGGAGCUGCGCCGCCGUGCGGCCGAAUGCUAUCGUGAGAUCGGGAAUCCUGGCCUGGCCGUGGCCACCCUGCUCCAGGUGCCCGUCAAGUCGCGCACCCCGCGGAUCAACCUCAUGCUGGCCCGGAUGCAUCACCACUCGUUUGGACUGGGGCACACCAAGAAGUCGGAGUCGCUGCCCUCCUACAAGGAGGUCGUCCGCGAGUGCCCCAUGGCUCUGCCGGUGAUCCAGGAUCUGCUGGAACUGGGCGUGGACGGCAACGAGGUCAACUCGCUGGUGAUGCACGCUGCCACGGUGCCCGGCAACUUCGACUGGCUGAGCACCUGGAUCAAGGCCCUUGCCCAAAUGUUCGACUGCAAGCACCAGGAUGCGGCUCGCACCUUCCAGAGGCUGCAGGACAGCACCCUGCUGCGCUGCAACGAGGAGCUGAUGAUGGCGCUGGGCAGAUGCCUCUACUACGACGGCAACUACUCCCGGGCGGAGCAACUGUUCUCGGCGACGGUCAGUGCCAGUCCGGAUAACAUCGAGGCCAUUGGUCUGCUGGCCGUUGUCCGAGGUCAACAUCCCAGCGACAGUGGCCAGGAUAUGGAUCGCCUGUACGCCCAGGUGACAUCCGAGCCGAAGUACAGUCCAAGCCAUUGGUUUGUUCACGGCCAGGCCAUGUACGAUUCGGGUAAAUUCGAGCGCGGUCUGAGCUUCGUGGAGCAGUGCCUGCAGGCGGAGCCUCGUCACCAGGAGGCUCUCAUCCUGCGCGGUCGCCUGCUCAUCGCCCUGGAGCGGCACAAGGAGGCGGUGGAGGCAUUUCGCACGGGCCAAACUGUGGCCCCAUAUCGAUUCGAGGUCUACCGAGGCCUGUUCCAGAGCUAUUUGGCCGCCAAGCGGUUCAAGGAGGCACAUGCCAUGUGCAACUGGACGCUACGUGUCUUCCAGAACUCGCCCAGGGGCCUUGCGAUGUUUGGCCGCACUUUGUUCCUCUCACAGGAUCCAAUGAUCAGGAAGACGGCCCGCAAGUUUGCCGAGAAGUCGCUGAAGGUCGAUCCCAACUACACGCCAGCGGUCACCUUGAUGGCCGACAUCUGCCAGUUUGAGGGCUCACCCAAGGCCUCCAUCAAGCUGCUGGAGGACCAUGUCUCCCUCUUCCCGCAGGCCAGUCUCUUUACGAAUCUGGCAGACAUGCUGCGCAGUCAGAAGGAGCCCAUCAGGGCACUGGAGUAUUACUACAAGGCUUUGGGUAAGAAUCCCAAAUGCGAGCGCACCCUGCGGGGCAUUAGUUUGCUGAAGAGCUGCAACUCGUUCAUCGAAUCUCUGGUUUUGAACGACAGUGGCCCCAUCAAGGUGGAUGGUCAGCAGUCCUCCAACGGACCAAUAGCCACGCCCUGCGGCACACCGAAUCUGGAGUGGCUGGCUGCGGAUUCCCGAGAGACAUCCUCCUCGCCGGCCGCCAGAUCUGGCCAGGAUGUCGAGGGCGAGGCUGAUGGCUCCGUUUGGCACGACGUCGACGCGGAAAUGGUUAGCAUGAACUAUGACGGCCAUUAAUAAAGUAUUUCCAGAAGCUUGAAGUGAUCAAGAAAUUAGGAAUUAAACCUUUAUUGUUAUCAUUUUAAAUCAAUUGUUAAAGAAGCCUGUUGUGCCCUAGAUAUUAAAGUGGCAGCUUAAAUGUAAUGCCACUAUGAAUAUCAGAAUAAAUUUGUAAGAGUAUUAUGAAAUCACAA